AUGAAUGUAUCUAGAUGUAUUUUAGUUGUAGAUACAUCCAUUUUUAUGACAAGUAAUUCCAAACGGAGGGAGUAGUAUUUAUGGCUUUCCUCUUUUGUUCAACAGUAUUUUAUUAGCAGUGGUAGUAUUUCUGUCGAUUGUGUUCUUGGCUGGGUGCAGCGAAUUGAUCUUCUUCUUUAUGCGUUUCGUUUCCUGCGUGCCCUCCUUGUCAAGGAAGGCAUCAAAAUCCCCCUCCUCCUUGGCCAGUUACAGUUACAAAACAUUUCCCUCACAAUCCUCGCCCCUCGCCGGCUCUUCCCUUUCUUCCUCCGGCUAAGAUUUGAUUUGGUCCAGUAGCGGGCGGCAUGCCGGGAGGAGGAGGAGGAGGAGCAGCGGUCGUCGUGGUGGGGGAAGGCAAGGACGGGCACGCGGCGCCGGCGAGGGCGGCGCCCAGGAGCUUCCCGCCGAAGCUCCUCAGGCCGGCGCUGCUCUCCGCGGUGCUCGCCACGGCCUUCCUCGCCGCCGCCCUGCUCAUCUUCUUCGGCGGCGCCUCCUCCUACUACCGCCUCCCCAGGCUCGCCGUGCCGGACGCCCUGCUCCCCGCGCCACCGGCGUGCGACCACCAGAAGCAGGGCGGGGCGGCGGGGCGGUGGUGGGCGCGGCCGCCGGCCAGGAGCGCGUGGCACAACAUGAGCGACGAGGAGCUGCUCUGGGCGGCGUCGUUCGAGCCGCGCGCGCAGCCGCACCGACGGGGGAGGACGCCCAGGAAGGUGGCCUUCUUGUUCCUCACCCGCGGCCCGCUGCCGCUGGCGCCGCUCUGGGAGCGCUUCUUCAACGGCACCGGCACCGGGGGCGCGAAAGGAGGCAGGGAGCUCUUCUCCGUGUACGUGCACACCACGCCGGGGUACCGCCUCGACGUCCCGCCGUCGUCGCCGUUCCACCGCCGGCAGGUGCCCAGCAAGCCGACGCGGUGGGGCAACGUGAAUGUCGUGGACGCGGAGCGGCGGCUGCUGGCCAACGCGCUCCUCGACCUCAGCAACGAGCGCUUCGUGCUCGUCUCCGAGUCCUGCAUCCCGCUCUACCCGCUCCCGGUGGUGCAUGCCUACCUGACCCGCUCUCGGCACAGCUUCGUCGGCGCCUUCGAUGACCCGAGCCCGCACGGCCGGGGCCGGUACCGCGUCGGGCUGGCCCCGGACGUGACUCUCUCCCAGUGGCGCAAGGGCGCGCAGUGGUUCGAGAUGGACCGGCGCCUCGCCGUGUUCGUGAUUGCCGACGAGCGGUACUACCCACGUUUUCGGACCGAGUGUCGGGCACCGUGCUAUGUGGACGAGCACUACCUUCCCACCGUGCUCUCCAUCGAGGCUCCGGAGCGCAUCGCCAACCGGAGCAUCACCUUGGUCGACUGGUCCCGCGGCGGCGCGCACCCGGCCACCUUCGGCGCCGCCGACGUGACUGAGGACUUCCUGGGGACGCUGGUGGGGAAGAAGGGGAAUGCUGAGCGGUGCAUGUACAACGGGCAGCCGGUCGAGGUGUGCUUCCUCUUUGCGAGGAAGUUCGCCCCCGCCGCUUUGCCGCGGUUGCUCAGCCUUUCCUCCAAGAUCCUUGGGUACUAGCUAUGCCUUUUAUUAAAUUGAUUUUGGUCUGCUUAUGUAUAGCUCAUACUCACUGGAGGGGAAUAGAGGAAUACAAUUCUUUUUUUCAUGUGUCACAAGAACAAAAGGAUGAAUGGUCGAGUGGGCAGUUGUUUCUUAACCAUUCAUAUUUUUAAAGGAUUAAAAUUCUUAGGAUUUUU